AUGACUAAUGACCAGCGCUUCCUGCUGACGGUCAUUAUUGCAACAUACUUUGGGCCUCAUCUCAAGGGGAAAGGCCAGCCCACAAGUUGGCGAUGCAGAGAAUACGCGAGAGAUUGCCACAAUAUAUUCCCAAUCAGCUGGCUGGCUCCAGCGAUGAUGGUGGUACAAAUGAUGCACAUAUACUAUUGUAUACUCAGGAAGGCCAGUCAGUCUGUCAUGGUGGCCCUGCCUUUGUUGCUCAACUUCUUCUGUGACACACUUCCAGCCAGAAUGCUUGGUCCUGGUAGCAACAACCUGCAGUUCAUCAACUUCAUUCCAACCAACCUGCACCCUUGUUCGCAUGUCGAAGAGCGAUUUAUGGCAAUAGAUAACAUCAUCUUCAUCGAUAACCUGAGCACCUCUUACCUCAGGGAAAAGGUUGUUGCAAGGCUUAAGAUUUUGACUGGGCCGCAGCAUUUCGUUCUGCAGAAGGAUGCUCCCAAGCUACCUAUUUAUGUCACCAAUGAGGUGUUCUAUGAAGCGAUAGCACGAGAGGGGCGUUCCGAGGGACAACCUUAUUUUUCCGUGCCCUGUCAUGGUUCUCAUGGAAGAAAAUGCAACAUCAGCGUGGCGUUUUCUCCGCUCAAUACGACAGGUGCCGCUGCCACCUGUAGUGCUGGAGUUGGAGUGGUUUGGAAUGCGGAAGUGGAGCUUGCAGGAUCCAUCAUAGGGCGUGUGACCCUUGCAGAGUCUGACAACGUUUCACCUCCAGGGGUCAGAAUAGAUCAAACUGCAGCCUUUAGCUAUGAAUUCAACAUGGAUGGCGAGGUCUUGAUCGAAGGAGAGAUUGCUACAGGUGGGAACACGGUUGAAAGCAGAACAGGAAACCCUUGUCCACCUGGACACUUCUCUCUCCGUUUUCAGCUGCCCGGUUGUGUCUAUCCCAGACGUGACAACUGCAACUUUUGCUCAAAUGGGAUCUUCGAAGGAAUUGUGAAGAAGCAGAUUGAAAAUUGA